AUGGACGAACGUGCGCAGAUGUUGGCCGACCUCGGCCUCGACCAUCGUGACGAGGUGUCUGUACCUGCCCAGCCGAGUUCCUCCGCCGAAACAGCGGUGUACGAGCAUCGCGAUGAGCAGCGACGCCAGAAGGCCCACGACCAGGCCGAUGCUGACGCGGGCAACCCACAGCAUGCCAAGAUCAGCGCGUGGAACAAGCAGGAGAUGUUUGGCGGCGACCCGAUGCAAGAUGGCCUGGCAAACCGCUACAGCGGUCAAGGUCAUCGCGAGCAGUUGCAGCAGCAGCAUCACCCGCAGAUGAAUAAAUCACACGCCAUGGCCGGGGGUGAUACACGCCGCGCCCAAGGUAAUGGUGCUUCGGCCUCCCUGUCAAACGUCCCUCGGGGUGAUGCACGCCGCAUCCAAGGUAAUGGUGCUUCGGCCUCCCUGUCAAACGNAAUGGUGCUUCGGCCUCCCUGUCAAACGUCCCUCGGGGUGAUGCACGCCGCAUCCAAGGCCCAAGCCGGGCCAUCUCUCCCAAAGGGUCUGGCCAACGUUGUGCCAAGUGCCCGCACUCCAAUACGCCCAACUGGCACUCCAACACGUGCCGCACGCACUACCGCGACAUCCGUUGCCGACGAGUCGGUCUCCUUUGUCACCCGAUCGCAGCACGGAUCGACGGUGCGAGCCUCUGCAACUGCGGCUUCACCUGAUGCCCUGGUCACGUCCCCUUCAUCCAGUGGCACUCGUACCUCGGCCACAACCACUGCCACCAUCCUUCGAGUCCCCCGUACUAAGGCUGCAGACAACCCAGCGCCACCACAAGCACCUAGAGCUGUUGCGGUCGAUCAUUACCGCAACAUGGUUGAUGUGAAGAUGGCGCAGCACUAUGCAGCGAAUCCAGGUCCCAAAGCUGAUAUCUACUACAACAUGUUCCCGGAGCGCCGCCCUUAUCUCGCCAAGGCUCUUGAGGAGAUCGCYCAGAAGCAGACCGCCAAAGUCAAGAAGAUGGUUCCAAUUGAGGAGGUGAAGCAUGCUGGCAGUAGUGGCGACAAGGCUGAUGCCAGAAAGGACGUCCCCAACAUCGAGAAGGUCGUCAAGAAGGUGGUUGUGGACAAGGCCCCCGAACCAAAGGCUGCCGUCGCCGCAAAGGCUUCACCGAGCAUCAUCACCAAGAAGGAGAUUGCGGAGGACAAGGCUUCCAUCACGAAAGCUGUCGUGACCGAGAAGAUCACACCGAUCAACAUCAAGAAGAAGGCCGUUCAGGAUGCCGUCAUUGACGAAAAGGAGAAUGCAUCAACCAUCAUCAAGGAGGAGAUUGUUGAGAAGGGCCGUGAGGUUUUGGCUCCGCUGGCUCCGUCUGAGCAACUGUCUCGUAAGCCUAGCCGCCCAGAGACCGCUUCAUCUGCCGGCAGUAGCCCUCGCUCUGAGGCCAGCUCGACCAGCGCUUCAACAGGAUUGUCCAUUCCAACUCCUCCAGCCCCGUCGAUGCCGCAGACCCCAAUGUACGGCAAGUUGAUCGUAACAUACCUCAAUGCCGAAAUGAACCACAUCGACACCCAGAAGAUUGACAUCAACGCGCCCAUCCACGCCAGCAUCCAAAUCACCUCCAAGGCUGCUGCGUAURAUCCUCGCGCUAUCCAGAACGCUGUGCAGAAUUUCGMUGAUGGAAUGUGUCUGCGAGACCGGAACAUUCGUCUGGAACACGGCGAUGAUGGCCUGUACCAGGAGAUCUAA